UUUGAAAUCUUAACAAGGGAGGUCUCUGGGUAGUAAGACUCAAAAUGAUUUCUACUUUCUUUUUGGUGUGUUUCAGCUCUUACACUAAACAAGCACCCCUCUCACAUUGAGGGAGCAAGAAGCUAUAUUUUUAUUUUAGAAUUCUUCCACAUGGUUUUUAAAUGACUGCCCAGGUUUCCAUUUUCUUAUGAGGUCUUGGGCAAAUCCUUUCCCCUGUUGGGACUCAUUUCCCCCAUAUGGGAAUGAAAUGGGGGUAGAAAGGGGCCAAGUUGGAUGACAUCAGUGUUUUUUACACUUCACUCAGAGCCCCGGUUUUACAUAUGGUGGAGUUACAAGGAAGACUUUAUUUGGUCGUGAUCCCUGGCAAAAAAAACAAAAACAAACCCAAAAUCAAAACUGAAAGCCAGGGGACUAAAAGCCUCUGAGAAAAUGAAUACGGCCCAGGGAUGUGCUGCCCAGCAUGGUGACUAUGGUUACUACUACUGUAUGAGAGUUGCUGAGAGAAUGCAUUUCAUCUUCUCCAACGAGGUGGUGCUUCUGUUUGAUUUCUGGAGUGUCCACAGUCCUGCAGGCAUGGCCCUUUCAGUGCUGGUGGUCCUGUUCCUGGCUGUGUUGUAUGAAAGCAUCAAGGUUGGGAAAGCCAAGCUGCUCUACUGGGCUGUAGUGAGCAUGUCCAUCCCCGCCAGCCAGCUCACUGAGGAGACAGACCAGGAUUCUUCAGGCUCAGACUCGCCCCCGGUCAGCACAACCCGCCUCAGGUGGCUUUUCUGUCACUUUGGCCAGUCUGUAAUCCAUGUCCUUCAGGUGGUCAUAGGCUACUUCAUGAUGCUGGCUGUCAUGUCCUACAACACCUGGAUUUUCUUCGGCGUGAUCCUCGGCUCUGCUGUGGGCUACUACCUAGCCUACCCGCUUCUCAGCAUGGUUUAGCUGGUGAGGGCUAUGCAGGGACCAGGGGGCUGCAUAGAGAGCUGGGGGCCCCUCAGCUCUUCCAGCAGACAUUGAGCCUCCAGCCACAUGUCUAUUUCUUAUGAUAGCUGUUCCUCACCUUGCUUCCAGCUCCAGAGACUUUCUGCUGAAGCCAGCAUGUGCUGUCUGGAGUUCGGAGUCCACUGCAGCUACGUCUGUCCUCAGCCAGCCUGCACAGGGCCUGGACGUGGGCAUUUUGUGCCUUAAUAAGGCUGCUGUGACCUGAGGGAGAAUGGAGACCAGAACCUGGGGACAGGGUUGCUGAGCCCAUGAUGAAUUAUCUCUGUUGACUCAAAAUUAAGAAUUUCCAAAGAUCUUCAAGACAGGGAGAUGGGCUCUGGGUGACAGAGGGGGCAUGGAAGCUGCAUACCUUCUGCCCUUGUGAUUCAUGCCUUAGAGGAGCAUCUUCCAUUGGACUUCCUGACCUCUUCUGUCUUUGAGGGAUGGAGACCAAGCCGGCUCCUUUUUUCUCACCUUUCUGCCUUUGGGACACAUAAAGAUGGUCUCUUCUGUGGAUCAUGGUGACAGAUUUUUCAUUUUUCCCACUGAACCUCUGGGUCACAAUUUUGCACAUGAAUACAGAAUUUUUAGCAAAAUGAUUUCGUCUGAUUCCUGAUAGAUAGCAGCGUCUGCUGGAAACUGAUUCUCUUUCUUCCGGGUCCGACAGCAGAGUCAAGGCCAAGAAGCAGGACUGUUACCAAGGCUCCUGACCUAUCCUCUGGACAGUGAGCUUCUCCCAUCAGACAGCACUGUGUGUGGGAUGAAGGCGGUCUAAUGGCUUGAGGUGUCUGGGGCACUUUUCAGGCCCCCCGUGCUCCCUUUUAUCCUGUUCCUUCUUUUAUGCAGAACAGAGAACUGCACUGAAUUCAGUACUCCUGUUCUCUCUUUCUUACUUACUGCUCACCCAUCUCAUCUGGUGGGGAAACAGGAUUCAUUCUCUUGAAAUGCUGGGCGAGUCACAUGGAGUAUGGACUGAGGACGAAGUAUGCAGGCAAACCAAAGCGUUACAUGUAGAGUUAGACGGGACUCUCCAGAUAGUUCACUUGACAGAAAAAGAAACCAGAGACCCAGGGAGGGAACAUCACUGCUGGAUACUGUAAUGUCUGUGCUCAAGUACCUCACAGGCUAGAUGAAAGACCGUCUUAAGCUUGGGGAAUUACAAAGGAAAUAGAAGUUUUAAUAAAUGUUAUUUUUAAACAA